AAUUCCCAAUGAUUUCAGCAAACUUAGUACGAACAAAGCUAAGAAAAGUCAAGAAUUCCGACAUACAACCAUGGUUACAUACUGAGAAAGCAGAGUAAAGUUGCAGAGUAUUCUACUAGUUCGAUCACUCUCUCUCCCACAACUUAUCCAUAUUUUGGGUGGUCCAAAGUUUUCUCUAUAUUCUCUGCAAGUCCAAUUUUCUUUGCCGGUUUCAAGGGUUUUUCAUCCCAAAGUUUCUGUUAUUUGUUUCUGAAAUCUUCAUUUUUGUUGAAUUCAUUGUUAUAUUCACUUUCAAAUUGUUAAGAGUAUAAGAGAUUUGAGUAUAGAGUAUAUUCAAAUCUCUUAUACUCUUAACACAAAUCAAUGCCAGUUUUAAUGAUCAGAAUCGACGAUUUUGUCAACAUUACGCGUAAAAAUACUAAAAUUUUUCCUAACAGUUUCCAUCUUUUUAGAGUUUGCUUGUGAGUUUUAGCCCUUAACGAAGAAAACUCAAAUCCUACAUUAACCCAUAUAAUCUCUCUUAUCCUUAGCAAGUCCAUAAAUUUUCUUCUUGAUCUUACAUACAAAAAGGGAAUGAAGCUUUCGGUGCGUGUAAUCGAGGCUCGGAAUUUGCCGGCAAUGGACUUGAACGGGUUCAGUGAUCCGUACGUGAGGUUACAGUUAGGGAAGCAGAAGGUAAGGACCAAAGUGGUGAAGAAGAGCUUGAAUCCCCAGUGGGGCGAGGAAUUCGGUUUCCAGGUCGACAACUUGAACGAGGAGCUACUCUUCUCCGUUUUGGACGAAGACAAGUACACCAACGACGACUUUGUUGGGCAGCUCAAGAUACCGGUUUCCCGGAUCUUUGAGUCCGACGACAAGUGGCUUGGUCCUGCUUGGCAUUCCCUGCAACCAAAAAAUGAGAGAUCCAAGAACAAGGACUGUGGUGAAAUUCUUCUGACAAUAUAUUUCCCCCAAAACAAUUCAUCCUUGGAUUUGAAUGGUAGUGGUGUUCAUGGGUUGCAAGGGAGAAAAUAUGCAGAUGAAACAAUUGAAUCAUCUUCCAGUGGCCCCCUUGACCCACCUUCUCCAUUGAGAGUGGAAGAAAUUGCAUCUUCUAUGGAAGACAAGUCUUGUAUGCAGAACUCCAUUGCCGACAGAAUUGCUCAGAUUUUUAACAAACAUUCGGACACAGAUUCUUUGGCAUCGAAGCCACCUGAAAUUUCUGGACCUGAGGUUUAUGAGAACAAGUCUGAGGAUAAGUCUUCUUCUGAUACGUUUGAAGAAUUGAUGAGGAAAAUCGAGUCGAGGGAUCAGCGAAAUGAAAUUCCCAACAAUUUACCUGGAGGAGUGGUUCUUGACCAAUUGUAUCAGAUUGCACCUCCAGACCUGAACUCUCUACUAUUUUCACCUGAUUCAAGGUUUUACAAACCGUUAGCAGACCUGCAGGGAUCUACAGAACUGCAAUUAGGACCUUGGAAAUUUGAAAAUGUUGAGAGUUUGAAAAGAGUAGUUACUUACAUUAAGGCUGCAACUAAAGUAAUCAAGGCUGUCAAAGCCACUGAGGAGCAAAUGUAUCUGAAAGCUGAUGGGAAGGUUUUUGCUGUUUUGGCAAGCGUGAGCACUCCUGAUGUCAUGUACGGAAGCAACUUUAAGGUAGAAGUGCUCUACUGCAUUACACCUGGGCCUGAGCUUCCGCCAGGAGAACAAUCUUCCCAUUUGAUAGUAUCCUGGCGAAUGAAUUUUCUACAAGGCACCAUGAUGAAAGGAAUAAUAGAAAAUGGAGCCCGUCAAGGUAUAAAGGAGAGCUUUGAGCAGUAUGCCAGUUUAUUAUCUGAGAUUAUUAAUCCAGUUGACUCUAAGGCACUUGGGUCGAAUAAGGAACAGGUUUUGGCAUCACUGCAUGUGAAACCCCCAUCAGAUUGGAAGCUAGCUGUUCAGCAUUUUGCUAAUUUUACUGUAGUUUCUUCAAUAUGUAUGGGAUUGUAUGUGCUUGUCCACAUCUGGCUGGCUAGACCCAGCGCAAUUCAAGGGCUUGAGCUCUUUUGGCUUGACUUGCCAGAUUCAAUUUCUGAGUUCAUAGUCUGCAGUGUCAUGGUUCUUCAAGGUGAACGGUUAAUGAGGAUGAUUUUGCGUUUCAUGCAGGCCAGAAUAAAAAAAGGCAGUAAUCAUGGAAUCAAGGCGCAAGGAGAUGGCUGGUUUCUAACUGUUGCCUUGGUUGAAGGAAUUAAUAUAGCAGCUGUUGAUUCAAGUGGGUCCUCUGACCCAUAUGUGGUGUUUACUUGUAAAGGGAAAACUAGAACCAGCUCAAUCAAGUUUAAAAAAUCUGAUCCUCAAUGGAAUGAGAUAUUUGAAUUUGAUGCUAUGGAUGAGCUUCCUUCUGUCCUGGAUGUGAAGGUUUAUGAUUUUGAUGGACCUUUUGAUGAAAUUAAAUCUCUGGGACAUGCCGAAAUCAAUUUUCUGAAAUAUAAUAAAUCAGAUCUAGCUGAUUUGUGGAUUCCUCUUCAAGGAAAGUUAGCUCAGGCAUGUCGGUCCAAGCUUCACUUAAGAGUUUUCUUGGACAAUAGUAGAGGUGGCAAUGUUGUUAGAGAGUAUCUGAGUAAGAUGGAGAAAGAGGUGGGGAGGAAGAUGAAUGUGCGGUCUCCUCAAACAAAUUUAGCCUUUCAAAAACUCUUUGGGCUUCCACCAGAGGAGUUUCUCAUUAAUGACUUUACCUGUCAUCUGAAACGGAAAAUGCCCCUGCAGGGUCGCUUAUUUCUAUCAGCAAGAAUAAUUGGGUUUCAUACAAAUUUAUUUGGACAUCAGACUAAAUUCUUCUUCCUUUGGGAGGAUAUAGAAGAUAUCCAGAUUGUUCCACCUACUCUAUCAUCGAUGGGCAGUCCAAUUAUUGUCAUGACUCUCCGGCCAGGCAGAGGUAUGGAUGCCCAGCAUGGGGCAAAGACAAAAGAAGACGGCAGGCUGAAGUUCCGUUUCCAGUCCUUUGUGUCCUUCAAUAUAGCACAUAGGACAAUCAUGGCUCUAUGGAAAGCAAGAUCUUUGAGUCCUGAGCAGCGGGUGCAAAUAAUUGAAGAAUCUGAAGCCAAAAGCAUCCAAACCGAUGAGAGUAGCUCAUUGGGCCUUGAUGAUGUCAGCAUGUCUGAGGUUUAUGCAUCUGCCCUCUCUGUUCCUGUUAGUUUCUUUAUGGAGGUAUUCAGCGGGGGAAUAUUGGAUCAUCGAGUUAUGGAGAAGGCUGGUUGUCUUAACUACUUUUACACCCCGUGGGAAUCAGAAAAAGGUGAUGUCUAUGAGAGGCACAUACGUUACAAAUUUGAUAAAAAUAUUUCCUGUUAUAGAGGAGAGGUGACAAGUACUCAGCAAAGGUCGACUCUUUCUGAUAAGAAUGGAUGGCUUGUUGAGGAGGUUAUGACACUCCAUGGAAUUCCACUUGGUGACAAUUUCAACCUUCAUCUCAGAUACCAAAUUGAGGAUUUACCCCCCAAAUCCAAGCGUUGUAUGGUCCGGGUAUAUUUUGGAAUUACAUGGCUGAAAAGCACUACAAAUCAGAAAAGGAUUACAAAGAACAUCAUGAAAAAUAUGCAAGAUCGCCUGAAGACGAUCUUCUGCGUGGUUGAAAGGGAAUUUGCUGCUAGAUAGUGGAUGGAUUUACUGUAUUUUGUACGUCAAGAUACAGACUUUGAACAUCAUCUUUUUUCAGUACUAUAUGCUCUCCAUUUUUUAUUCGUCCAAAGCUGAAGCUAGACUUCAUGACAAGUCCUAAUCUUCCCCAGCCGAAGUGCCUUCUAAGUUGAUUUCCUGUUAGUGCAGCAAAUUUUUUAUCUUUGACAACGCCGGAUCGAUUGGAGUUCGUUUGACGUGUCUGAUAGAAUGACUUCCCAAUCUCCAUUGCUCCUCUUGACUCUCCAAUCUCCAUUGCUCCUCUGUAAGUAACCCCAUUCAGUAAGUAGAUUGGCAGAAGAAAGCAGAAGAAUCUCAAAUGAUGUACAAGUUUUAUCAGUACAGAAUUGGGGUUUGUCAUUACUAACCUCUUGAAUUAGUUGUGGAAUUAGAUAUAGGACUGUUGUCGGUAGCCUCAUCUCAAGUAUAUACAAAUGUUGUAUCUAUGUAGUAGUACUUGCUGUUUGCUUACGGCUUUAGUGCUGGACAAAGGAUAGAAGCAUCGUUAUCCUACAACUCUGUAAAUAUUCAUAGAAAUUAAGCUUGAAUUUAAAUGUAUUACUUUUAUUUAUU